AUGGCCACCGAAGACGAACGUUACCGACAAUCGAGCCAAUUCCGCCUCUGGUCCUUCUCCCCCGGCAGCUUGCAGGAGCUGCGGGCCAAGACAAACUCCCUCGCCAAGCAGCAAAUAACAGCCCGCAUGGGCUCUGCCCUCGACUUCCUCACCCCCGAUGAAGAGUCGCGGCUCGUCAAAUUCUUCACCGUCGAGCUCAUCCGCGCAGCCCAGUUUUGCGAGCUGCCCACCGAGAUUCGCUCGACCGCGGCCGUAUUCCUGAGACGAUUCUACGUCACCAAUUCGGUCAUGACGUACCCGCCGACCGAGCUGCUCAAGACUUGUCUGUUCUUUGGGUGCAAGGCAGAAGGCUUCUACAUUCGACUGGCCAAGCUGGCGGAGAAGUUCCCCAACACUACGAGCGAGCAAAUACUGGCGGGCGAGUUCUUGCUGUGCCAGGGCAUCCGAUUUGCCUUUGAUGUGCGGCAUCCAUUCAGGGCCUUGGAGGGCGCCAUCCUGGAGCUGAGGCGACGGCGGCCGGACGAGGAAUCUCGGAUUAUCAAGGCGCACGCGCGGGCGAGAGAGGUGCUCAAGUUCAGCGCCUUGCUGACGGACGUCUACUUUCACUUUGCGCCCAGCCAGGUCAUGAUGGCUGCUCUCCUCCUGGCAGACCCGGGGCUGGUAGAUGUUUUACUACCCAAACCAGACCAGAAUGGGGCCGGCGACGGCGGCAGUGAUGCUGUUGGGGCAUCCACCGACAUGUACGAGAAGAUUAUGACGACGGUUGAAAGCUGCCGCGCAAUGCUCGAGGAGGAACCCCCCGAGAGGAUGACUGAUCACUGGGGCACGGCCGAGGUUGUCAAAUCGAUGAAACCGCUUAGGAAGAAACUCCAAAAGUGUCGAGAUCCGGACCGAGCUGACCUGGUAGGCCUGCAGCGAGCUAGACGAGAGCAGGCUGCGGGCAAGGUCACAAAGCCUGGCGCAAGCACGGCGAGCGAUGCGGCGGUCUUUGGCGACGGUGACCCCAGAGACGUCAAGCGGAGAAAGGUCGAGGGCGGACCUGAUGCGUUUGGGCCGCCGUUAUGA